AUGCGACUAGUGCAAUUGCCGGUAACGAUAGGUUACGUGGUGUUGUUGACGCUGUUGGUACCGUGUCUGUCGGUCACAUUCGAGGAUGGAACUUCCGGAUCCGAGGCACGCGAGAAUCACGUGCCGGAAGAACGGGCGAAUUUCAACAAGACGCGGCAAGGGAAGGGACUUUUCGAUUGGAUAGGCGGAGUGGAUCGAAACGUGGAUCCUUACGUGGCAAAGACGAAUCAAGGAUGUUUAAACGGCGAUCUAGCUGAAUGCUUCAAAUCUCAGGCUUUGGGUUAUUUCUCCGAUUUCUUCGACCAGCCUCGCUACGAUAUGAACGAACACGUGAAGAUCGUCAGGAUGUCGAAUGACAUCGUGCAGGAGGUCGAUCGUCAACCGUAUGAAUACUCCAGCGAAGCCAGGUCUACAGACUCUGAAUGGGACCAACUGAUGAAGUUCGCUCUGAGAAAAAUUGAAAAAUUCGUGAAAACCGUGGCCAUCGAAUUGCACGUACCUUCUGAGGAAACUGGAGAAAACGAAGUGUACGCGCCGCGAUUCUUGGAUGAAAUCGCCGACGAAAUUGAUACUCUUGAGAACAAAAAGGAUACCCUUUUCUCUCGUAAUCAAUUCAAGAGACUUCUAAUCCCCAUGCUGCUCGUGUUGAAGCUGUUCAAACUGAAGCUGCUCUUGUUCCUGCCUCUGAUCCUGGGCCUGGCGUCCUUCAAGAAGUUUCUAGGCUUCCUUGCGAUCGUGAUACCCGGUUUAAUCGGCUUCUUCAAACUUUACAAGCCGUUUACACAGACUUAUCAUCCACCUGUGUACAGUCAAAGUGGCAUAGCUUAUCCGUAUCACAAGGAAAACAGUUAUCCUUAUCCCGGGGAACACCACGGUCCUGAAUAUCCAACUGGAUAUUACAGAGACACCUAUGGACAGGAACUUGCUUAUCGAGGCUAUCGAGAUUACCACUCAUAA